AUGAUGCAAUCUCGUGCUUGCUUUGACCGAGCUCCGUCGGCCAGCCCUUGCGCUUCCCGUCGCCUCCUCUUCCCUUGCCCGCCGUUCACUCGCCAACGGCAGCACACGUACGGAGACGAGAGUGCCGGAUACUACGGUGUGCUUGCACAGUACCGUGCUUUGUUUGUCGGUGCAGGCUUGACAGGAUAUAUACCAACCUACAACUACGUCCUACCAGCAUACAUGGCUGUGGUGGCGCCUGUGCGUGCACAUGUUCUCGGUGCGCCUACCGCCGUACUCCUUGCACAGUGCAUCGAGCACUCUGUAAUAAUAUCAAUACUUGCUCCCUACCAAAGUCGCCGUCGUUGCGUUCCAGAUCUUGCACGACGGCCUGCCCUGCGAGAGGCACCUACGAUUGUUCGCGCCCAACUGCCCGCCGUGCCUGUGCCGUGCCGACCGUCCACUGGCUUGGUGCCUCGUGAGGCGUCAAGGUCGCCGCCGCCGCCUCACCUCUGUCGCAGGCACCACCACCGCCGUCGCCGCUCCUGUUUUUUUACUUUCCCGGCAAACCCAACGGCCUGUCGCCUCGCCUCCACCGCCGAACUCGAUCCAGGGCAGCCCGGAACAGCUACCGAAUGCGGUUCCGCGGAAAACCAAGACGCCAAGGCGCGACGCUCUGCGUCCUCGUGUCACCAUCUCGACCCUGGUGUUCGUCCAGCGAAUGGCGAGCGCCGGAGGAGGAGCAGGCGUCGACGGAAUCCUCAGGCCGACGGAAUCCUCAGGCCUCCGACCAUGGUGCUGGCGCCCAACAGCAAGUGCCGCGCAAUAAUGGCAUCGAGUAUUCCUUGCACGGCACCGCAGAGACCGUACCAUCCGUACGCCGUCAUUGUCCUUGUGCUCACUUGCUGCGCUGCUGGUGCCAUCGUCGGCAGCCCCUCCGGAAACGAACCAUCCUCGUACUGUGCUGGUACGCCUAGGUCCUUGCCACCGACAAAUGACGCCAUUGCCAUCUCGCACAAGUACCGUACAGUGCCUGGGACAGUGCCGCGAGUGCAGGCAGGCGCACUCCGCAUACCACCUGCCCCGACGUGCAGGGAACGCUUAGAGAGCGGUCACGUUUGGAAGGAGCCGUCGGAGCCAUGUUUGGAAGGAGCCGUCGUCGCCGUCGUCGCCACCUGUGCAGCCAACGUCCGCCGUGGCUUCACGCCGUCGUCGUCGCCCAUCGUCAGGCACGCGGCGGCAAGGUUCGCUAGCACUGGCACCGCAACCUCGAAACGCGUGGGCGACGAGGGCCCCGAGGCAACUGGGAGGCAACCGGAGAAACCAGGAGGAAACCAGGAGGAAACGACAACGAAACCCAACGCGCCUCGAUCGAGGCAGGGCCGGCCGGCUGGCCAUCCGCUGAGCUUCGCCGCCCCGAGCCUCGGUCGAUCUCACCCGACGACGGGAAACCUGCCCCUCGCUUCACCGUGGCGGAAAAUGGAGAGUGGCUGGCCAUCCGCCGAGCUUCGCCGCCCCGAGCCUCGGUCGAUCUCACCCGACGGGAAAUGGAGAGUGGCUCGACGUGACAUUCAUUCCCCACGUCUUGGGACCGAGCGAGACCGCCGAGCGACGCUUCUCGGCCAGCUUGGCAGCGCACCGAGGGCAGGAGAUGCCGUGCAUCGCCGCCGCAAGCCAUUCGAACGUACCAUCGUCCUUCCUUCCCUCUCCCACCAUGACCUUGCCCUCUCCGUCGGGCGGGGAGGAGAGCGUGGUGGCAUGUCCUCGGGUCAAGUCGGAGGCAUGCUCGCUGCCCGAGCUCGCCCUCACGCCGCCCAUCGACCGCCAUCGCAGGUCAGGCACGACCGCCGCCGAUGA